AUGGAGCAUAACCACCUGCACCUUUGUGAGAAUCUUCCGAAACGGAGAAAACUAGACCAUGGGGAAAGUACGAACGAACUCUCUCACGGUGACUACACGGUCGGCUGGGUCUGCGCCCUUGCCCUCGAAGCAGCAGCAGCCAUGGCCAUGCUGGACGUUAUCCACCCGGCGUUGAGCACCCACCCGCGCGACAGCAACUCGUAUACCCUCGGUUCCAUCGGGAAUCACAAUGUCGUUAUUGCCUGUCUCCCCGCUAGUCAUUACGGCACCACAUCAUCCGCAACGGUGGCUAGCAACAUGUUCAUCAGCUUCGGGUCGAUUCGUCAUCUACUCAUGGUCGGGAUUGGCGGAGGCGUGCCUUCCGCAUCGGCGGAUAUCAGGUUGGGGGAUGUCGUGGUCAGCAUUCCAACCCCACGUUUCGAGGGCGUUGUGCAGUACGAUUAUAAGAAGACAAUUGGAGAAGGGCGAUUUGAAAGAACGGGAACGUUGAAUAAGCCAUCCACCUCGCUUCUGACAGCAGUCAGUGACCUACGUGCGGAGGACCUUCGCAGUGGCAGCCAAAUUCCGGUUCUGAUGUCCGAGAUGUUGGCGCGAAAUCCACACAUGACGACAUCAUACACAUCCCCCGACCCCCAGAGAGAUCUUCUGUUUGUUUCAGACUAUGAGCAUGACGAACGACAGCCAACUUGCGAACUUUGCGACCGAGACAGACUUGUCACCCGGUCGAUGCGCGGUGAUGAUCGGCCGGUCGUCCACUACGGUCUCAUAGCAUCGGGGAACCAGGUAAUCAAGCAUGCAAAAACCAGAGAUCGAUUGGGAGCAGAGCUCAACAUUCUGGUUUUUGAGAUGGAAGCAGCCGGAUUGAUGGACAACUUUCCCUGCUUGGUUAUUCGAGGUAUUUCGGAUUAUUCCGACUCCCAUAAGAAAAAGGAAUGGCAGGGCUAUGCGGCUGCGACCGCGGCUGCAUAUGCGAAGCAGCUUCUCGCUACGAUA